GGGCGCGGGGGACAUUAAAGUUCUCUACCCGCCGGUCCCGGGAGGGAGCUCCUGGAGCCCACCGUGCUCGCGGCCCUCCUUUCGGGGCCAGGGUGGAUGUGUGAACGAACCUCCAAACGGAGCGCGUCCUUAAAAACGACAAAGAAGCAGUAGGGGCCAGCUCACGUGUUAAUGGAAGUUGAUGAGACGGCGGGUAAAUUCAGAACUGGGGAGCUUGCAAGGGAAUAUGUAACUUUUCGUCUUCUAAAAUACGCGUUCAGAAAAAUUUUCCUUCCCGACUUUCCCUGCCUUUGCCCCUUCUAAUCAAUCUAAAUAACUUAAAUUUUAGCAGCAGUGUAAACUGCUGAAAGUGAGCUGUUUGGAGAAGUACUGAGCAAAGGGGAUCAGGAAAUGCAUAUCUUCGUCGGUCCCUAUCCUCUUUCUCUUUAAUUCACUGGGAGGGAAACCCAGAAGCCCCAGGCUCUGGGGAGAGUAACCUGCAAGCUCCUGGAGUGAGUUCAUUUCCCUUCUGGUAUCUCUUGUAGCCCAGAGUUAACUAUUGGGUGGAGGGAAAGGGAGAAGAAUCUUUCUUUUGACCAGUGGCAGGCGCGGUGGCAGUCCUCCCUUAGGACCCCGCACCGUGGGGUGGGUGGGUCAUGGCUGUGGUCCCCGUGCAUGUUGUAGAGGAAUACCCGUCGUGCCUGAUGUUCUGCAUUGAGUGUGGUUGGUUACCCGGUUAGAAAGUCUCAUAAUCUCAUCACCUUGAUACAUCUGUCUGCUUUAACUUUUGCUGAUUAUCUUUUUGUCCUUGUCUGUUUGUAUCCGUGUAAUUCUUAAGAAAUGGAACUCCUGCUUGAACAUUGCCUUCUUAGAAGUAAACCUGAGGCCUCAGGUUAAAUGUAAAAAGUCUACUUAGAUGCCUGCACAUUUAGGAAGAAUAUUAACAAUUAAUUUGCAUUUUUAUUUACUACCUUUUCUUCUAAAAGAAUCUUGUUUACCAUUUUUGAAGAAUGGGUGAUGAAAUAGGAAACACAGAUAGACUUCAAAGACAAAUGGAAAAUUCAUGGAAAAUAAUUAAAGGAUAAAAAGGCUUUUAGCUUGAUUGAAAGUAUUAGUCAGACCUUUAGUUUGCAAGUAAAAUGAGACAAAGGUCUAUUAAUAUGACUUUCUGUCUGGAUUGUUCUGUUUUCUCCACCUGUGUCAUAAAUUUGCACUUAAAAAGUUAUAUGGGUAUUUGACCUUUAUAUAAAUUCUACAAAUGGUUCUGGUUUUAGCAUCGUUGGGAGUAAAAAGAAUCACUCUUCUUAAAAGCUUUGAACCCACUUUAUUGGUAUGUACUGAUGUUUUCAAUCCAUUAAUCAUAGUUAAUUUCAGACAUUUAAUGAGGUGCGGUGCCAAGGUUGAAAAGUAUACCACCAAGUCAUAAUUAAAAUGAAAAAAAGUUAUUUAGCACAGUUUUUAAAGUAAGCUUACCACUCUACUUUGUAUUAUUUAUUUUUGGUUUCUAAUGAGUCCUAAGACACAACAAAGUAAGGACCACUGGUUUGAAAUGUUUGUGAAUUUCCAGCCAACUGCUGUCCCAAUUUGGGGCUAAGUGGUAGGUUCUGAAAAUCUUUAGGGAACAUUGGGUUUGAGUGGAGAAAAACAUUUAUUUAGUGGAGAAUUGAGUUUAUAGGAGUAGUGUUAUGAUCCUAAAGUUCACACCUUAAAAAAAAAAAAAGGUUAAGAUUUUAUACUUUAAUUGCAAGGUAAAUAGGGGAGAGGGAGCUCUUUAAAAUGACUGCUUUUCUUUUCUCCUCUUUUCUUUCUUCCUUUGUCUCUCUUUCCCCUAAAUAAACACAGCAGCAGCAGCAGCAGCAAAAUCUACCUAGCUGUCACAGUGUCCUAUAGAAGACAGGGAGUGAGAAUCCUGCUUGAAGGCACUUAUAAGUCUAGAUGACUACCUAUAGGAAGCUGAAAGCUUUAAGGAAGUUUGUUUCAGAAAUCUAGUCUAUGGGCCACCUGUGCGGAAUGUCUGGAGUGCUUCUUGAAGGUGCAUGCCUAGGCUUUUCCUGAGGUCUUCUUAAGUGAACUUUCUGGAAGGGGCUAGGAUCUGCCUUUUAAUUUAUUUUAAGCAAGUUCCCUCAAGUAAUUAUUAGGAUAAAUCUCACAUUUGAGACUUACUUUAAUGUAGAAGGUAGUUUGGUCAGGGUUGGUUGCUAAAUAAUUACAAUCGGGGAAAACCAAACAAAGUACUACAUUUUUUUUUUUUUUAUGUUUUAUUUAUUUUGAGGGAGAGUGGGUGCGUGCGAGAGCAUGAGCAGGGGAAGGAGAGAAGGAGAGAGAGAGAAACCCAAGUAGGCUCCGCACCAGCAGCGCAGAGCCUGUUGUAGGGCUCGAACCCACAAUCUGUGAGAUCAUAACUUGAGCCAAAAUCAGAGUCUGACUCCACCUAACUAACAGCGCCACCCAGGUGCCCCCAAAGUACUACUGUUUAAUCCCCAAAGGAUACGCAUUAGAAGAUAGCAAAUGGUGGUAACUCACCAGGCCACUAACACUUUAAACCUGAAUAGAAAAAUAGAGAAAUAUGCUGUCUGUGGCCAGGACUUGAAUGUGCAGGUGUGACAUUGGAACUAGGGAGCCUACUGAAUUCUAAGAACUAUGAAUAGAAUUCCUAUGCUCAAAAGUCAUCUGGCUUUCAUAAACAUUUUAGUUCCUUUUUUUCUUCCUUUUUUUUAAUGUUUAAAAAAAUUUUUUUUUAAUGUUUAUUUAUUUUCGAGAGAGAGAGACAGAGCAUGAACAAGGGAGGGGCAGAGAGAGAAGGAGACACAGAAUCUGAAGCAGGCCCCAGGCUCCUAACUGUCAGCACGGAGCUCAGUGCGGGACUCGAACCCACGAGCUAUGAGAUCAUGACCUGAGUCGAAGUCGGACGCCUAACCAACUGGGCCACCAAGGUGCCCCUUAAAGGACUGUUUUGUUGCUGGGUCUUGAAUUGUCUUAUUUUUGAAAUCUUUGUUUUCAUGGAUAGUUUUCCCACAGGCAGGGGACACUUAACCCUAGUCUGAGCCACUUAACCGACUGAGCCACCCAGGCGCCCCAAUGUUUGUUUAUUUUUGAGAGAGAGAGAGGGAGGGAGAGAAAGGGAACAGAAGAUCCGAAGCCGGCUCUGCGCUGACAGCAGAGAGCCUGAUGUCGGCCAUGCCAGCUAAACCCACUGAACCAUGAGAUCAUGACUUGAGCUGAAGUCGGACGCUUAACCAAAUGAGCCACCCAGGCGCCCCAUAAACAUUUUAGUUCCUAAGGGCAAGAUUGCAAGUAUUCUUGCAGGGAGCCUUUCUUGUAUGUGAGUCAGUGUCUCCAGGAUCCCAGAGUUUUGAAACCACUUGUGUAAAUGCUCGGUGGUGGUAUUGAGAGGAAAAGCAAAGUGCAUGAAAAAGUGUUUAUGGGGAUACUAAUUGCAGGACAGAAUUAAGACAAGUAGUUUGAGAUCAUAGUCUUGGGAGAGAAGACUAACACUGGCAACACAGGACUUCAUUUCUUCAAGGCCAUAGUAGGAGAGAUGUCAGACGAAAGGCAGUGCCCGGUUAACAGGGAGGUGAAUUAUGGAGGCAGUUGUAGGAGGAGCUCAGGCCCGUGCAGAGGUUCGGGCCCCGCGGUCCAGGCUCUACGGGUAGACACUAAAAGGCAGGUUUCCUCCUUUGAAGCCUAACUUCUAAAGUUACCAGGAACCAGACUCUUAACUGAGUAGACAUCAGGAAAUGAGUGGUAAUUUAAUAACUCCCCAACCAUCCCCUUUCUAUCUUAAUAUACUCUACCAAAAUUGGCAGAGAACUUCAUUUCUUUUGAUUCUUUACUCUGACCUGAUCCUUCUGGGGAGACUAGUGGUGUACCUGCUGUGGCCGAGUGGAGCUUAAGGCCCAAGGAGAGGGGAAGAGCACUGACUGGCUGACACUAAGAAGGUCGCGGGGGGAAGGACUAACAAGAUUCAAAAGAGGCCUGGAUUGUUAGGACCACAAAUAAAUUUAUCUGGGGCUGAAUUACAUAGUAAACUUUUUACUAGUUGUGAAUCCACGUUGAGACUCCAUCUCGCUUCCUUCCACUUGAACUGACAGCAUGAACCUCUUUCUUGCUGUUCAUGUUCCUUCCACAGCAGUGCUGCUACUCUGGCCUCUCCUGGCUCCUCAUGUGCCAGUGCCUGACUGCUUCCCACAUACCUGCCCACUGCCUGUAACAGAGGCUUCUGCCCCGGUCUCCCACUUUGGUCUCCCUCCCCUUCUCGUCCCUGUGCUGUUGGGAGUCCUCUUCUGAUUGCUGCUUCGCUGCCCCUGGGUCUGCAUCCAGGGUAAAGGGCACACUCCUUAGCUUGGCCUUCUGUGUGGCAGGGCCUGGCCCCCACCUGCUUCUCUGGUUAUCUCUUGCUCUGCUCCCUUACCUAUCUGCAGUGGGGCUACCAUUGCAGCCAGAGUCCCUAAAAUUUCUCUCCUCUGUUCUUCAUUUCAGUUUCUGGUUUAUCUUCCUGUUCUAAGACACUUUUCCAACCGCCUCCCUGUGUUACAGUACAAGGCCAGAUUUGCCCAUUCUUUCCCUCCGUGCUCCCACAGCACCCCCGAGAAUCUUCUCUCUGGAAGAGGAAGAAUUCUGCCAAUUAUAAUUUUUUGGCUUACAUAUCAGCAGUGGAGAGUUAGUCUUCUUUGUGCCUAGGAUCCCAGGUCUAUAUUAGAGUUCAAAAACUAUUUAAAUGAACAUGCCUAUUAAUGAUAAUAGCUAUCAUUUAUUGAAUGCCUACUCUAAAUGCUCUAUUGCCUCAUUGAUUAAAUUCUCACAGUAGUCCUCUGCAGAAGGUGGUUUUAUCUAGGUUUACAGAGGAGAAAAUGGAGGCCCUGGGAAUUUAAGGAACAUGCCCACAUUACAUAGCUAGUUUAAGUGGCAGAACCAGGAAUGGAAUCCAGGCCUGUCUGUGAAAUUCACUGUGUGGUACUCAUACUUCCCGGCACUUGACUUUGUGUUACAGCUAUUGGGAUACAUGCCUGAGCUCCCCAGUGUGGUUGUGUGCUCAUGAUUCAGAGCUGAGCCCAUGCAUAUCUCAGUAUUUCUAGCAUAGCUCUGGCAAAUUGGCAUUCAUUCAUUAAAUGCUUGCAGAGUGGAACUGCAUUCCUCUGUGCCUACUAAAUUUACAUUCCUUUAGAACAAAAAUGACUUAUUUUUGUACCUUUUCUGUGUGUGUGUGUGUAACACUUGGUAUGCAUUCAAUAAAUAAUUUGUUGAAUGACUGGAUGAUGGUAGGGGCCAAAGGAGACUAACUUCAAGUGAGGUUAUUUAGUUACAAGAUGUCUGAUUUUAUGAAGGUGGACUGUCUCUAUCUGAGACCAAGACUUAAGAUAUCCUGGAGAGAUUCUAGGCAGCAUAUAAAUGGUUCAGAAUUUUAAAGAGCUGUAUAACAGCAGCAGCGGCUACCUUCAUUGUUUUAUUCAGGUGUGUCAAGGUCAGUUGAGAAGGAAGUCCCAUUACAUUUAUUUAGCUACAGGUACUUUUGAGUACCUGUGUUCUCCACCUUGGGCUAGGCACUGUUUUUGCUAUCUGUAACAGAAAUCUGUGGGGCAAAUGUAUAUAUUUAAAAAUAUGUUUGUCAACAAAUAUUUGUAUAUGAUUAUAGAGUGACAGCCAAUCUGGGUUGACAUCCAGUAGACUCACUUUACAAAUGAGGAGACUCAGACUCUGAGGAGAAUAAGUGGAAACUAAUACAGCACUAGUUCUGAUUGGAGCCCAGACCUCCAGCGUGAACUCCUUCAAGGCUGCCUUCUUAGAAACCACAUACCCUGUGCUUUCCUACCCAUCGUCUAUCAAAAUAAUGCUCCCGGUCAUUGCUGACUUCUGAGGUGUGUCCCAAGAGGGUUGGUAAUUGCUCUCAUAACCUGAAAGGUUCUAUUCUCAACUCACACCCUUGUUUACGUUAGCUCUUGAGGCUUGGAAAGUCAGCCAGCACUGGGUUUGCUGGUGUCCGCGAAGCGUGUGCCUUCUGACUGCAGAGCGAGGGUGGAGGUUUUGUGUACUCUUACUUCACCAACAAUAAAGCCCAUGUUAUUUGAAUAGAACAGUUAUUCAGAGCUUCUUUUGGAUACUUUUUUUUUUUAAGAAUCUGCUGAAAUCCAAGGAACCACUCAUGAGAAAAAUAUAACCGAUAAUUUUGCAUAUAAAUCUCAGACUCUUUUUUUUUUUAAAUUUUUUUAACGUUUAUUUAUUUUUGAGACAGAGAGAGACAGAGCAUGAAUUGGGGAGGGGCAGAGAGAGAGGGAGACACAGAAUCGGAAGCAGGCUCCAGGCUCUGAGCCAUCAGCCCAGAGCCCGACGCGGAGCUCGAACUCAUGGACCGCGAGAUCAUGACCCGAGCCGAAGUCGGCCGCUUAACCGACUGAGCCACCUAGGCGCCCCAAUCUCAGACUGUUAAUAGACCCGCUUCAGAAUAUUUAGUACAGAGGUUUACCUCUUCAAAGUACUAUAUGCACUCCAUUAGUUGAAGACUUCCUAGGUUUUUAAAUUGCAUUAUGUGGCAAGUGCCUUUUCCCUGGUAUUAGUUACAGUGGGGAUAUAUUCUUGUAUGCCUCCUUGUGGAUUUAACCUUUAAAAUAUUUAUCUUUUCCUAAAACAACAUGCAGGAGUGAAGCUACUGGUUUGUAUACUUCUUUUUUUCCAUUUAGUUUAUAAUGUUUAUUAAACAUUUACUAUCUUUGGGAUGAUUGAAGACUUACUAAUUACCUACUAAGUAUUUGAAAAUAUUAUCCGAUCUGUCACAUAAUUCUCAUUCAAAACUUAUAGUAGCUUAUGGUGUUUAAGUAGUACUAUUUCUGCCUUACAAAUGAGGAAACCAGACACUGAGCAGUUAAGCAACCUACCUAAGAGAAACCUAGUAACUAAUAAUAGGUUAAGAUUGGAACCCAGGUUUGCCUCCUUCCACUGUCCAUGGUUAUUUAAAAAAUAUGUAUCUACCUUGAUCAUGGCAAAGUUUACCUGAAAUACUAAAACACCAACUAAAGCAAAAAUGUAUGCACACAAACAUAACCUUGAAGGAAAUUAAGAUAAAAGAGAAAAUAUACCUAAUGUCCUGCUGUUCUGACAAAUCAAACUAGUACUUUGAUCAGUAAGACUCAUCUCAUCUAGGGCGCCUGGGUGGCUCAGUCGGUUAAGCGUCCGACUUCGGCUUAAGUCGUGAUCUCACGGCUUGUGAGUUCGAGCCCUGCGUCAGGCUUUGUGCUGUCAGCUUGGAGCCUGGAGCCUGUUUUAGAUCCUGUGUCUUUCUCUCUCUCUGUCCUUCCCCUGCUUGUGCUCUGUCUCUCUCAAAAAUAAAACAACAACAACAAAUUAAAAAAAAAAAAAAAAGACUCUUCUUAUCUAAGUAUUGAAUAGUCACCGUGGCAGGAUAAGGGCAGAGAAGGGGCUGGGAAAGAAGGAACAGAAAAGUUCAGGGAGCUAGCUGGUAGCAUUAGAAGCAUACCUGCUGGAUGGGGACCCAGACCUGAUUGGCUCCUGGCUUCGGCUCAGAGGUCUCUCAUAUGCCCAUUUGUUAUAGAUUAAUCCUGCAUUGGAAGCCCCACUGACCCUCUGGGAGUUCCUUUUUUAUUUGGCCAUAGAGAGACCUGUAAUCUGUGCCAUCCAUCCCAUCCAACCACCAGGGGUUGUGGGAGACCGCUUAAGAGCUGGGACUCGAAUGAGUCCGAACUCCUAGCAAGGGACUGGAAAAUAGGGAAAAACUGGAGGAAAGAAGAAAGGAAAUAUAGGGCCAUGUUGAGCUCUUGCCAGCAACUCCUGAAAGAGGAAAAAAGGGGGAGGAGAAGAGCUGAAUUAUUUUGCCUGGCUGUAUGUCAUGGUUGCCUGAACUUGUCACCUUACUGAAUGAAGAAGGCAAACUUGAGUGAUUUCUUCGAAGCACUAGUGUGCUUGUGCUGUUACAAUUCAUAGAGAAGGUUACCAGUAUAACUGAACGUAUGCGUUGCGUUCUUCUUUUUAAGCUGCGUUUAUAUACUUAUUACGAGUAAUCGGACCUUAGGGUAGAAAAUCGCUAUUUAGUGAUUGCAGGAUUCGCAAGUGUAGAAAUCCCAUUCUUUAAAAGAUUAAGGAAAAUUGUUACACUUGAGAUUUUUGCUCUGUAGCAACAUUCAAAACUUGUGCUCUAAAGGCAGAGUUAAAAAGGCAAAAUAUAAUGCAAGUAUGACUCUUUUUUUUUAGUUUAUUCAUUUAUUCAUGUAAGUCAUCUCUACACCCAAUGUGGGGCUGGAACUCACGACCCCGAGAUGAAGAGUCACAUGCUCUCCCGAGCGAGCCAGCCAGGUGCCCCACAAGUAUGGCUUUCUGAGGAUGAUCUGAGUUACAGGUUCCCAAGGUUCUUAAGGACAGGGAUCCAGCGCAGAAUUCAGCACUGGAAAUCACUACUUAAUAAUACGAUGCUUGUCUUGAUGCGUUCUGUUGCUCUGGGCAAGUUGUGUGGGCUGUUAUCUCCUGAGAAAUCCCUGUAAAUAGUAUUAAUAAUGCUUUAGAAGUAGGUUGGGAGAAUUAUUUUUCUAAACCGUUUCGGAAUUCUUAGAUGAAAGGCUGUGUAUGGAGCACAUUGGUGUCAGCCUGUUUUCCCUUCUCUGAGACGGGAGAAGAGGCACCUUGGGGUGGGAAGGUUGGCUUAUGUUUUGGAGUUCUUUUAUAAAUUGCUUUCACUGGAUUUCACUGGCUUUCACAGAAGCUCCCAAGAAUAUGGUUAACUGUCAAAAGGAAACAUUUUUGUAUUUGGAACUUGGGAUUAAUUAUAUGUUUUCAUCUAAGAUUUAGAACAGAUUUAAAUAGUUUGUAGUUGGCCAAACUUGGGGAAGAAAAUAUGGCCCUUUGAUGAAACUGGGGCCCACCUUUGUUUUUCUCUUGCUUUUACUGUAUUUCAGAGAAGACUUAAACCUGACUUUCUGAAAAGCAGUCAAGUUUUCUUUUCAGUGUGUUGGAUCUGUGUUUUCCCACUGAUCUGUGAAAUUAAUAUUUUGCUGCCAAAUAACUUGCAGUAGGGGCUGGAACAAAGUUUCAUCUACAUUCAUUUAUACAUUCAAACAUGCAUAUUCCAGUGUAUCCAGGUGAACACAGCUUUGCUUGGAAGAUUUAAAAUCAGAUUCUUGCUUUAGAGAAGUUCAGUCUAAUAGAGCAGGAUAAUAUAUAUGCAUGAGUAACUAUAAUGCCUGGUGCUUUUGAAAAAUGCACGUUUUUCCCCCUGAAUUACCUACACUUAAAAUAAUGGGGGAUGAAGAGUAAUGUAAAUAGUUUAGAGAAACUUAAUACUAGGUUUUACUGUUCACGCAUUUGCAAGAAACUUUCUGGUAAACACAGGAAAAACGACCCAGUCUAGACGCAUGGGAAGGAAGGUAGGGCUAAUUUACUACCUCUUGGUGCCUUGAAACCAGAAUUGACAGGUGCAGUGGUGUUUGUCUCCCCGCACCCCCAAUUAAAAUGGCACCUGUUGAAGUGAAAAGCUUUUGAUCUGGGUUGAGAGUGCACUUUUUUGUUCUCUUUGAAAACAAAAUGUAUUCCUUAUUGUUACAUCUGCUUUGCUGCUUGUGAGACUGAUGAGCUAAGUAAGCCCUUUCCCCCAACUGUGCGGGGAUUCCCGGUGAAUUUUCCAAUGUAGUCACUCGAUGUACAUCAUUCGCUUCCUUUUUCUUGCAACAGAUUGUGUUUAAAAUCUUCAUAGCUUUGCUUACCUUUUAGGGUUCAGAUUUACUCUCCAUUCAGUCUGUGGUCUUUAGCUUUUGGCAAACUUUCAAAGAAACCUCUCUUUUGCGGAGACUGCACCCACUUUAUUCUUCCACCCUUGGGUGGUGGAGAACCAAAGGUCACUUGAGUAAUGCCUGACCUGCCACCACUUUAGCUCAUGCGCUAGCCGAGGCUCUCUUGCCUCGCAACUGCCUCUGCCCUAGUUUGGAGGGGGUCUGGCUUUUGAGGGCCCGCGAAGGUAAUUAAUGCAAACAGCCACUUUGCAAGUGAACUCUGAGGGUUCGGCCUAUUUGUAGUGGAGGUUCAGCAACUCACAAUGCUUGGCUUUAUGGGCAGUUUACAACGCAGCCAGAUUCAGUUCUCAAAAAACCAAAACCCCAAGGACCCUGCCUUUUAAUCAGAGAAGAACGAAAAACAUAGGCUGACCUAACUGCAACGUGACGGCAAAUGUUUUAAAGUGCAGGAGCUUUGGCCCUCCCCUCCCCCUUUUUGCUAUGAUUCUCUAGGUAUUUCUUUGAAAGCCAGAGGACACUGUCGGUAAUUGCUAAAAUAAUAGCUAUCUGUUGAGCGGGUAUUAUCGUAGUGUGGAUAGGGGCCCCAUUAUUGCGCACGUUCUGUGCUGUGCUGCAGGGAGCCGGUUGCUAACGCCGGUGCGUCUGGGCUCCGCGGGCCUGGGCCGCCGGGAACCGCAGCCAGCUGGGGGCGGGGCCUCGGGACCCCGCCAGUGCGCAUGGGCGACGUCUUCUCCUACGGACCCCCUUCAAUUUCCGCCAUGGUCGGAAACGUAGCGAGUGCUGUUAGCUGAGCGUCAGCUGAGCGCGCCGGUCACCGGAAUGUCUGAUGAAAAAGGCUCCUUGAGGGGAGGCGUAGAGAAAGGAGAGGAGCCAGCGGGGACCAUCGCUGGUAGUGCGUUCUCUGUGAAGCGGGUGGAGGACGAGGAAGAACCGAUGAAGGUGGAAGUGGCGGUGGGGGCUGAUGGCUGCCCUGACGACCUCAGCUGCCGGGAGGCCGACAUAGACCCAUACCUCCUAGGGCUUGCGGAUGACGAGGAGAAAUGCCGGAAAAUCCGCAGGCAGUACCGACAGCUCAUCUAUAGUGUCCAGCAGAACCGUGAUGACAUAGUGAACACGGCGAGCGACACGUUAACCGAGGCCCUUGAAGAAGCCAAUGUCCUGUUUGAUGGAGUGAGCCGAACCAGAGAAGCAGCACUCGAUGCCCAGUUUCUUGUUUUGGCUUCUGAUUUGGGUAAAGAGAAAGCAAAGCAACUGAACUGUGAUAUGAGCUUUUUUAAUCAAGUAGCGUUCUGUGACUUUCUGUUUAUAUUUGUGGGCCUAAACUGGAUGGAGGAUGAUGAACGUGAUGAAUUGAGUGGCUGUGAUGAUAAUAUAGCUCUUUCCUUCUGGGAGACAGUACAGAAGGAAGCAACAUCCUGGAUAGUGCAAGCUGAAACAUUCCACUUUAUUUUUGGUUCAUUCAAGUCUAAGCCUUCUGCACCAAAGCCCCGACUUGAACACCAGAAGAAAGCUCACAAAAUGGAAGAAAAUGGGGCUAUGCCUACAAAGCUGAGGAAGUUGGACCUGAGUAAUAAUCAAGAGGCAACAGAAAAAGAAGUAGAAAGAAUCUUGGGAUUGUUGCAAACUUACUUUCGAAAGUAUCCUGAUACUCCCGUGUCCUAUUUUGAGUUUGUGAUUGAUCCAAACUCUUUUUCUCGUACUGUGGAGAAUAUAUUUUAUGUUUCUUUCAUUAUAAGGGAUGGUUUUGCAAGAAUAAGGCUUGACCAAGACAGGCUGCCAAUAUUAGAGCCGAUUAAUAUUAACCAAGUGGGUGAGGGAAAUGAUCCCAGUUCUCAUGGCAGGAGACAAGGAGUUAUAUCUUUAAGUUUACAGGACUGGAAAAAUAUUGUGGCAACUUUUGAGAUUUCAGAGGCUAUGAUCACAAACUCAUACUAGGGACUUUUGUUCUUAGUAUAGAAUGUAUUUUGUGGCUUUUCCAAAGUAUCUCAAAAUUGAGAGUAAGAUCCAAGCAGAAGCACAUAGUGUAUUUCAUGUAAAGUGAAAAAGUAUUUUCAAAACAUCAGAAAUUGUUUUACUGUGCAAUGUAUUUUUUUUUUUUGGUAGUUUAUGAAGUUGUCAUGAUCUGUUAUUAAAAAAUAUUCAUUGGCAUGUUCACGGAAAGAUUUUUUUUGAAUGCCCAUUAAGACUUUAUCAAUAAAAGUCAGUUCUGAAUUUCCUAAGUUAAAAGGCAUUGAUAAUUUACCAAAAACUCAAUUUUAUGAUGCACUGUGAUACUACAUUGCUUCUUUUGUUACAAGGAACCAAAGGAAUCCCGAAUGAGGCCCCAACAAGGUUGGGGGAAGAGUGGGUAUUAAAAAAAAAAAAAGUCAAGAAAGACUUUAUACAUAGGUCAGUGAAUAAGCGAUGCAACACUAUUUUUAAAAAAGGUAGAUUCCUUGCUUCAUUGCAAGGAAGACUCCAUAAGAUUAAUGUGUGGGUAUCCAUAUUCUAAAUAGUUUCUCCUGUGAUUGGACAAAAUAACCUCUACAGUAGAUAGGUGAGGCAUCAUUUAAGUGUGUGCUGAAAGGUAAGUAGGGGUUAAUCAAAGACAGCAGAGGUAUUCUUGGCAGGGGGAAUAUGGAGGCCAAAUAGAGGCCAAGAGUUACAGUCUUUAUCUACUUGGUUAAUUUCUUCUCUGACCUCUAGUUUCCAAACCCUUUGUGGUUGCUGCUGGUACACAGAUUGGCCUUCAGAAUCGGUGGGGUUUCAUUAUGUAACAGCCUUGAAUAUUCCCAGUUCAAUUUUGUGUUUCUUAUGAGGGCUUUAAAUGCCUGGAAACUAUCUCUGUUUAUGCUGAAAUAUGUAACUAACUUGCCCAUAUGUUCUUUACUUCACCAUAAAGACUUGUUUUUUCUUUUUGUUGCUUGCAAUUAUGAAUUACAAUCUUAGAAGUUAUGCUAAAAAUGUGGGUCUUUAAGAAAACAAUCUUGAAGGUGCAGAGCAUGUCUGUUUGUAAGCUACUUUUCUUUCUCUUUCUUUCUCUCUCCUUCCUUCCUUCCUUCCUUCCUUCCUUCCUUCCUUCCUUCCUUCCUUCUCCAUGCUGUAUGUGGGGCUUGAAUGCAGGACCUAGAGAUCAAGAGUCACUUGCUCUAUGGACUGAGUUGCCCAUAAGUUUUUUUUUUUUUUAAGUUUAUUUAUUUGGAGCAUCUGGAUGGCUCGGUUGAGGGUCCGACUUCAGCUUAGGUCAUGAUCUCACCUUUCGUGAGUUGGAGGCCUGCAUCUGACUUGCUGCUGUCAGCACCAAGUCCACUAAAGAUCCUUUGUCCCCCUCUUUCUCUGUCCCUCCCCCACUCACGCCCUCUCUCUCAAAAAAAUAAGUAAACAGAAAAAAAUGAAGUUCACUUAUUUGAGAGACACUGUGAACGGGGGACUGGCAGACAAAAUUGCAAAGUAGGCUUCGUGACCUGAGCCAAAGCCAAGAGUCAAGUGCUUAGCUGACUGAGCCACCAGGAGCCCCCUAGGCUGCUUUUUUUCAUCCCUAUAGGAGCUUAAUCUGGAGUAGUAGUGGACUUUGCCAUUAGGCAUUAUUUGGCAAGUGGAUAAGUAUCUGGCUUGGGGAGAAGUAACAAUGAACUUUCCUACUAAGUCUUGUGUAGAAUAGGGAAAGGAAGUCCAAAGACUAAAUAAAUGGCAUCAAGAUUGACAGGAGUGAUCCUAAUGUGUGUCGGGGACAGAUUCUUCAGUAGUAGUUGAGGUUUUUUGCCAAAAUAGAAAUUUCUUACGAAACUUGUUCAGUUGUUUUCUAAAGUAGCCAUUCCUGGGGUGCCUGGGUGGCUCAGUUGUUUAAGGGUCUGACUUCAGCUCAGAUCAUGAUCUUACGGUUUGUGAGUUUGAGCCCUGCAUCAGGCUCUGUUGCUAACAGUUCAGAGCCUGGAGCCUGCUUCGGAUUCUUUGUCUCCCUCUCUCUGCCCUUUGCCCACUUGUGCUCUGUCUCUUUCUCUCUCUCUUAAAAAUACAUAAACGUUAAAAAAAAAAAUAAAGUAGCCAUUCCUUCCCCUUUUCCUUCCUUUCUUUCCUUCUUUCCUUUUUUUUUUUUUUUUAAGUUUUUUAUUUUGAGAGAGAGGGAGCGUGGGAGUGCAGGGGAGGGGCAGAGAGAGAGAGGAAGAGAGUGAGAAUCUCAAGCAGUCUGCACACUGAGAGUCCCACUGCAGGGCUCGAACUCAAUAGCGAGAUCAUGACCUGAGCUGAACUCAAGUUGGAUGCUUAACUGACUGACCACCCAGGCGCCCCUCUUUCCCCCUUUUUCAUAAAGGAAUGCUAACCUUGCUGGGUGUGCCACCCUUUGAUUUAUUUAGCAUCAUGGAAGUAUCAUUUGGUUUUGCUGAUUCUCAUUUUAGCCUGUCUUUAGUACCCAAGUUCCUUGGGUUUUCCAGAGAUUUGCCAUUAGAGGAAAAGAAUUUCUUAGUAGCAAGAGGAUUCUGCCUCACUUUUUUUACUCAUCACUGGAUUGCUCAGUUAAGUGCCCAGUGUCUUUACAGAGUAUUGGAGACUUGACUAAAAGCAUCAGUAGAGAAUGUACAGAUUUGGGGGGAAGGUAAUUUUGGGGGCCUUCUCUAAAGUUAACAGCUUUUAAAAUCUAAAUCAUGUUGACCACUUGUUUCUGUUUUUACUGUGACACCUUAGUUGCCGCAUCAUUUUGAAAUUAAAGUGACAGCUUACCUUGAAGGAAAAAAGAAUUGACCGAUAGAUAAUUACAGAGAUUAGAUAUGAGGCAAACUGCAGAUCUGCUGGUUUCCCAGGAAUAUAAUUAGAGGGGCUUAAAUUUCACAGGUUCAAUAAAAUCAACUGAAAUUUAGGAGAAUAUUACAGAAAGAAUUUUUAACUAGAACUUUAUUGUGUAACAGAACCACUUUCUGAUCAAAGCACCUGGAAUCAAAUCCUGACUUAAUUAACAUUCUAGUUAGAGGCUUUGGGCAAAUUAUUGAACGUGUAAACCAUAGGUUUUUGAUUUGCUAAAUAGGAAUAACACUCUUAAGUUUACAAUAAGGAUAAAAUUGGAAAAUGUAUGUGACAAGGACAGUUGGCUCUUAAACAAUGAGGGGUUCAGGGACACCAUCCCCCCUGCACAGUCAGAAAUGAAACUGUAACUUUUGAUUCUCCCAAAACUUAACUACUAAUAGCCAGCUGUUGACCAGAAGCCUUACUGUUAACAUAAAGUCAAUUAAAACAUAUUUUGUAUGUUAUAUGUAUUAUAUACUAUAUUCUACAAUAAAGGAAGCUAGAGAAAAUAGGAAAAUCAUAAUACUGAGAGGAAGAGAAGUAUGUUUAUAAUACUCUAUUUAUUGAAAAAUCCGCAUAUAAGUAGACUGCAUUUCAAACCCAUGUUGUUGGAGGGUCAGCUGUACUUAGAAACCUGAGUUCCGGGGUAUGGUAUAGUGAGAAGAGCAAGAGCUUAGUAAUCAUUUACUCCUGGGUUCAAUUCUUAAUUCAUCGGGCGACUUUCUUCAUCUCUAAGGGCUUCUAUAUUAUCGUUUAUGAGAUGACCACAUUGGAAGGCUAUUGUGAGGACUAGAUGGGAUAAUAUAUACAAAUGGGAUAAUAUAUGCAAAGCACCUCGCACAGUGUCUGGCUCAGGAGUGAGCCCUCAUAUUAGGGCCUCCUCUCAGGGUCAGAUAUUCUGUGCUGUAACCUACUUUAGUGGUGACAUCUCUGUCAUGGUUCAUUCACUUUAUAUCUAGAUAGGACUUCCUCAUGCCUUUGCCUUUGUCUUUGUCUUGGGGAAUCUAUUAUCAAGUGAUUGGAAUUGGCAAUUGUUACUUACUCAGCAAUUGUUUGAGUGUUCACUGUACCAGAUGCUGGUCUAGGCAGUGGGGGGAAAGUGGUGGACAGGAAAUGGACCGUCUCUUAGGGAAUUUAUAUUUUAGUGCAUGUAGUAGUGUCCUAUUGCUGCUGUAACAAAUUACCAAACUUUUAGUGGCUUAAAAUAACAGAAAACGUAUAUUAUAUUAUAGUUCUAGAGGUUGAAAGUCUCGUAUCUGUUUCUCUGGGCUAAAAUCAAGGUGUUAGCAGAACUGGUUCUGCUGAGGCUCUGAGGGGAGAAUCUGUUUUCUUGUCAGUUUCAGACGCCACCUGUAAUCCUUGCUUUACAGUAUCUUCCUCCCAUUUUCAGAGUUGCUGGUGCAACUUAAGUCUGUCUUCACAUUUACUACUGUAGUGAAGUCUCCCUCUGCUUCCUUGUAUAAGGUUAUGAUAUGUGUUAAUGGAGUUGCAAGAAGCAAAAGGAAAAAGUUGUUUGGGAAAUUUAGGAAGACCUUAAUGGAAGAAACGGAUAUUGUAUUGGAGACUUUGGUAAAAGAACCCCCCCCGCCCCCCAACUCCUGAAGGAAUGCCUUAGGAAGGGUGAUGUGUUUGUG